UAAUACAUCAUUUAUAUCCAUAUGUGUCCGAACUUUGUAUCCAGUCACACGAGAACUUUUUCGGACAUAGUUUAAGGAUUUUGGGACAUACAAUAUAUAAUACAUCAACCUCAGACGUCUGGAAUGAAGAAAUGAAUGUUAUCGAGAUGGUGAGCCCAAAGCCUCGUCCCGUAGACUGACAGGAAGGAGAGCAGAGAGAUGGAAGGUGCUUGGGACAUUGCAUUCGUACUCUUCCAGGUGUGGAUGUCCAUAGUAGCGGGGCUCAUCGUGUUACCUGCCAUGUUUGGCGUGUCCUUGGGCUUCACAGAUAUCUACAUCAAGGUGCUGGUUAAAAUACUAGAGUGGGCGACUCUCAGGAUCCAAAGAGGACAGAAGGAACAGCAAAAAUUGCCAUCACAGUCAGUCAACGGGAUCAUCGAGAAAGAUGAUGGCUCUAUGGAGGAGGAGAUCGGACAACUGCGACGAUCCCAUCCAAAAAAUUUGGCGGGGGGAGAUUUUACGCUGUGUGAUGCCUUCUAUUUCUGUAAGAAAGGCAUUGAGAACAUUGUUGAGGAUCAGGUGACUCAGCGCUUCACGUCUGAGGAACUGGCUUCUUGGAACCUCCUCACACGGACCAACAUCAACUUUCGUUAUAUCAGCGUGCGGCUUACUGUCAUAUGGGGCCUGGGAGUUUUUAUACGUUACUGUAUCUUGUUGCCUCUCAGGAUCACGUUGGCUGCUAUUGGAUUGAGUUGGUUGGUGAUAGGAACUACCCUUGUUGGAUUGCUUCCUAACAGCAAUGUGAAGAACUGGCUCAGUGAUUUGGUUCAUAUUACAUGCUACAGAAUAUGUGCCAGAGGCCUGUCUGCUACCAUCCGCUAUCAUAAUAAAGAGAAUCGGCCGAAAAAAGGAGGCAUCUGUGUUGCCAACCACACUUCCCCGAUUGACAUUGUCAUUCUGGCGAAUGAUGGAUGUUAUGCUAUGGUAGGUCAAGUUCAUGGAGGCCUCAUGGGGGUCAUCCAGAGGUCUAUGGUGCGGUCCUGUCCCCAUGUGUGGUUUGAGAGAUCCGAGAUGAAAGAUCGCCAUGCGGUUGCCAAAAGGUUGAAAGACCAUAUUGCUGAUAAAACUAAGCUGCCAAUCCUGAUCUUCCCAGAGGGAACUUGCAUUAAUAAUACAUCAGUCAUGAUGUUCAAGAAGGGAAGCUUUGAAAUUGGUGGAACUAUAUACCCAGUAGCAAUCAAGUAUGACCCUCAGUUUGGAGAUGCCUUCUGGAACAGUGCCAAGUACAACAUGGUGAGCUACAUCCUCAGAAUGAUGACAAGCUGGGCCAUCGUGUGCAACGUGUGGUACCUCCCACCUAUGACUCGACAGGAUGGAGAGGAUGCUGUUCACUUCGCUAACAGAGUGAAAUCAGCUAUAGCACAACAGGGAGGACUGGUGGAUUUGUCCUGGGAUGGAGGACUAAAGAGGGAAAAGGUAAAAGAGUCAUUUAAGGAGGAGCAGCAGAAGAUGUACAGCAGUAUGAUCGUAGGCUCAGACUGUCAAGAAUCUUCCGUUGGUCCCGCCUAAAAAUUUAAUCUCACACUAUUUAUGAACUUGACUAUCUGAAGUCUGAAACACUUCUAGCUCACAAACACAAUCAUCCCUCAACACAGGCCCGAUGCUGUGCAACGUUGCUCCUUUUGAUUCAGCUGUAUUUUUUAACUGGAAAAAGUUUCUUGGGAUCCGAACUUGUUCGGACAAGUUUUAUAUGUGUACAUAUAUCUUAAAAACACUCAGAUCUUCACAUAGUUCUCAAUCGUUGCUGGGAGUUAUAGAUUUGCAUGUUAAAAUAUCCACUUGUGCAUGUUCAUAAUGUAUUCCUGUUACAUGAUUUCUUAAAGAGCUGCUCACACUUUUCUCAGGUCCAGUGGGCUGUUCCUGUGUGGACACUAGAGGUCACUGUUACCAAGCGAAAGACAAUUUAAGCCACAUCAGACAGCUCACUAUAAUGAUUGCUUUUGCUAAUAAAAUAAUGAAAUUAAAUAUUCAUCUCUCCAAGCAUCAGUAACAUGAUAUUUAGCAGUCCUAUAAUAGAAUCAGUCGUAUUCUCAAAGUACGCGCUGUGAGCGAAACCAGCGUAGAAUGUAAACACGCAACAAUUACAUUAAGCCUUUUCAGCCCUCGGCGAAAAAGGCAAAUCUGUCUCCCUUGUGUCAAUUAGUGAUGGGUGAUGCACAAAGCACCAUUGAGCUCUUGAUUGCAGGAGCACCAGCUCAUUUUACUUAGAGCUCCAUUGAAACGUCCGCCAUUAUAAAGUCAUUAGGCACUAAGAUCUCGCUGCGGAAAGUGGACAGAAAGUUUCCCAGCAGCACGGGAAAAGGAGAGAAGUCACGGUAAAUUCAAAGAGGGGACGGUGAGCGAUAUGUGCUUACCGCGAUGGCAGUUUAAUAAAGAAAGCAUAGAGUGUGAAAUAGAACAUAGUUAUUCUCUGGCACAGAAGGCUGGGAGCGGGCUUAGCUCGCUCUCUUUCUCUCCGUCUGCGAUCCCCAGACGAUCCUCCAGCCCCCGUGAAAGGCAGCGGCGGGCUUUAAUAACAGUCCUGCAACUUAAAUUGCUUGAACAGAAAUGUUUGUUCUCCCCUAACAGGAUUGUAAAUUAUUAAUCGGAUCUGAAGCCGAUUUUAUAACCUGAUUGUUGAGGUGGGAUUCUCCACGAGCAGUGCUCUGGCACACCAUUUACUGUGAUGUAUGUGUCUGCACAUCUUUAUAUCCAAUUUAAUGUGAUUCGGAUAGAUUUCAAAGCGACAUCAUAAAAAGCAUGGAAGUGACCCCGGCAGAGCCUCCGAUGUAGACUCCGCGCGACGGGCGGCCACGUCUCUGUAUUUUGAUUCGAUUUGCCCGAUUUCUGUUUUUACCCAGAUGUGAUCUAUACAAAUGCAAUGCCAGUACACUCAGUAAAUAUGAAUAAAUCACUAAAUUAGAUCAUUUUCCUGGAGAAUGUAGUUCAAGCUGGACAUCAUUUUAAAUCACAGCUUGCCUGGAACUGACUGGCUUACCUAAUCACGAGGGUAAAUGACCUCGCUUCUCCCGAGGACCUCCCAUUAGUUAGAGCCCGAUGUUUUUUAAAUACAUUGUUCUACCAUCUUUUCUGUGACUCGAGUGCACCUCCUACACUAAUGCAUGAGAUCUCGAGGUACAAUACGUCUCGGAGGGAAAAAUCAAUAGAGGAAUACUGGAAGAAGUCUCUACAGACUCUCUUUUCUCAAACAGAGUCGGUUUAAGAUAAAACCUGAAUGCAUCUGCUAAUUUACUCCUUUCUUUGCAUUUUAAAUCAAUCAGUUAUCUAAGAAAAAUUACCUUAAAUUGGCUUUUAAUGAUGUCAUAUUUUAUUUGAGCAGUGCACUUCACAAUUGAUGAUUCUUUGCUUGUUUCCAGCGAGAUCUGACUGAAAAAAAUGGAUUACCGAAAACACAUACGGUCCAAAUCAAAGAGCUGGCGCUGUGACUGAGAGGAAAAAGUAAUACAAUGAAAGAAGUGUGCUCGGCUUUUGUCGUAGUCUUAGACAUGUCCUCUCCUGGACCGUAGCUGGAACCAAAGGAUGUGUAUGAUGCUUUAACAUGGUGAAUCCAGGAGAAAAAAAAAAAUCUUUCAAGACUUUCAAGUCUCAUUCUUAAGCUAAACAGAACUGUUUAAAUGCAUCAAACAGCGGCAUGUAAUAUAUAGAAAUAUAUAUGUGACCCUGGACCACAAAACCAGUCAUAAGGGUAAUUUUUUUGGAAAUUGAUUGAUUGAUUAAGCUAAAUAAAUAAGAUUUCCGUUGAUGUAUGGUUUGUUAGGAUACAACUAUUUGAAAAUCUGGAAUCUGAGGGUGCAAAAAAAAUCUAAAUAUUGAGAAAAUCGCCCUGAAGUUGUCCAAAUGAAGUUCUUAGCAAUGCAUAUUACUAAUCAAAAAUUAAGUUUUGAUAUAUUUGCGAUAGGAAAUUUACAAAAUAUUUUCACAGACAGUGAUCUUUACUUAAUAUCCUAAUGAUUUUUGGCAUAAAAGAAACAUUGAUCAUUCGGACCCAUGCGGUGUAAUAUACACACGCUACUUAUGACUGGUUUUGUGGUCCAGUUGUUGCAUAUAUAGAUUUCAUUAACUUUAAAAUCAACAGGUGGGUUAAUAUGCAGUUGAUGAUGUUUCAUCAACACUGUCUACUGUAUAUUGGCAGGAUGCAAGAAGGGAAAUCAUAUGCCUUUCUCAUUUGCAAUUCUACCUGAUUAACAUACGUUAAUGAAACUGGCUAUAAUUGGACCACAUUGAUUUUUUUCUUUCCCUUUUUGAUUGAGCUAAAAUGGAGUCUGAACUUCUUUGAGUCUGAGGGCUGAUUGAUCUGCGGCGAGAUUCGAGACUAUUCAGUUUGAAAAAUAAUUAUGUUCUUAUAAUCAGCUGAAAUUUUGAUACAGCAUCGUUGCUUAAGUUGAAGGUGUAUACGUUUUUAGUAACACUUUAAAAAAGGUGUCAUUUGGUAACAUCAGUUAAUGGG